CCCCGAUUUAUAAAUAUUCUUAUAACCUCGUCCAUAUAGCGAGAGCGAUGGUGUGGUGGGUUUACGAGAGAGGACCAUCCAUACAUUUAUCGCAAUUCAGCCUUACCCACCCCACUACUCCAUUUCCCCUCCAAAGCCUCUUCCUUUCUCUCAAUUACUUAUUUUUCCAGAGAGCUAGGCUUUGGACAUAAGCAAGUGUGUAGGGAAAUUGGACAUAAGGAACUACUUACCCUUUUUAGAAGCUUGAAGACUUGUUUUGAGGAGUCUUGAUACACGUACGCAUGCAUGUCCACAUGCACAACAUAGACUUUGUCCACCGUAUGGAAGUUGAACAGACAAAUUGAGAGAUAACAGGAAUGACGAUACAAUCUGAGAAAUUUUCUCUAGAUUUUGUAAUGGGAGGGGUGGCAGGGUUGAUAUCAAAAAGUGCAGCUGCACCACUAGAGAGAGUGAAACUUUUGUUGCAAAAUCAAGGAGAAAUGAUGAAGAGAGGACAACUCAAGAGACCUUAUAUGGGUGUUGGUGAGUGUUUCAGAAGGAUCUUGAGAGAGGAAGGACUUUUGUCUUUCUGGAGAGGUAACCAAGCGAAUGUCAUUCGAUAUUUCCCCACUCAGGCUUUCAACUUUGCAUUAAAAGGUUACUUCAAAAGCAUUUUUGGACGCUCAAAAGAGAAGGAUGGAUACAUAAAGUGGUUUGCUGGUAAUGUGGCUUCAGGAAGUGCAGCAGGAGCAACUACUUCCUUGUUUCUAUACCAUUUGGAUUAUGCACGUACUCGACUAGGCACUGAUUCGAUAGAGUGCCGAGUUAAUGGCCAGCGUCAGUUUAAAGGUCUACUAGAUGUAUACAGAAAAACCUUGUCAAGUGAUGGAAUUGUAGGCCUGUACCGGGGCUUUGGAGCUUCAAUCAUGGGAAUAACUCUGUAUAGAGGCAUGUAUUUUGGGAUCUAUGACACCAUGAAGCCGGUUGUUCUGGUUGGGCCUUUUGAGGGAAAUUUCUUUGCUAGUUUCCUGCUGGGUUGGAGCAUCACAACGGUCUCUGGCGUCUGUGCCUACCCGUUUGACACAGUGCGACGGAGAAUGAUGAUGACCUCUGGACAACCUGUGAAGUACCGCAAUUCCAUGCAUGCUUUUCGUGAGAUCAUUCGCCUCGAGGGUUUCACAGCACUCUUUCGAGGAGUUUCUGCAAAUAUGUUUCUGGGUGUGGCAGGGGCUGGAGUACUUGCAGGAUACGAUCAGCUUCACCGAAUUGCAUACAGACGCGGUUAUUGUUUUGAGCCCCAUCAAAGAGUUCUAAAGUGAAUCCUGGCAAGAGGAUUUGUAUAGUUAUGCAGUUAUAAAUUUUUUACCCUAAAAGGGUCCAUUGGAAAUUUACAUUGAGAAAGUAGAAAGGAAAAAAGAAAGUAUCGGGAGAGCUUCCUCCUAGCAUGCCUAGAAGAUCAAAAGAUUCAUGUACUGUCUUUGUACAGUUAAUAAUUUUAUUGUUUUGUUUGUGAUACAA